AUGAAUUCAAUUAUUAAAUUAAAUUCAAAAAUAUCAUCCCCAAUACUUUCAAGAAUUACAAAAAAACAACAUCCAACAUAUCAAAAUAUUAUAAAAGAAAUAAAUGAAAAAAAUUAUGAAAAAGCUGAAUCUUUAUGCAAAGAAUUUAUAAAUUUUUUUCCUAAAAGUUAUUCUUUAAGAUGUAUUUUAGCGUAUAUUUAUAGAUGUCUUAACGAUUAUGAACAAGCAUACUUAUUUUUAAAAGAAGCUAUUGAUUUAAAUCCCAAAAGACCAGUUGCUUAUUUUAUUUGUGGAGAAAUGUUUUUUAGACAAAAUAAAUAUGAUGAAGCAAUAGAUAAUUUAAAUAUGUCAAUAAAUCAAAAAGCAAAAAUAAAUAACUUAUAUAUAUUACUCGGAAAUAGUUAUUUAUUACGAGAUAAUUUAAAUUUAAAUACUUUAAAUUUAUUAGAUAAAUUAUUAAAUCUCAAUAAGGAGGAUUCUUUGGUUUUAUGUUAUUAUGGAGAAAUUUUAUAUAAUAUGACACAAUAUAGAAAAGCUAUAUCAUACUUUACAAAAGCUUAUACUAUAGAUCCAGAAAACAUUCAUAACUUGAAUAGGAGAGCUAUUACAUACUAUAUUAUUAAAGAAUAUGACAAAGUAUUAUCAGAUCUUGAUAAAAUUAUACAAUUAGAUCCAUUAAAUAGUUCAGCAUAUUAUCUUAAAAGUUUAACAUAUUAUACAAAGAAUGAUAUUAAUAAUGCUAAAAUAUCAUUUAAAAAGUGUGCAGAAUUAUUGAAUCCUGAUAAUAUUUUAGCGAAGAUUCAGUCAUUUCAUCUAGAAUACUUACUAAAUAAAAAUAGUUCUAAAGAUUUAAACAAUAUAUUAACAAAAAUCACAAAAAUCAAUCAAAUUCUUAAUAAUCGUAAUAUUUAUGAAAGUAAUUUACUACAUUUCGUUAAAUGCAAAAUUUAUAUUGAAUUAAAAAAGUAUAGUGAAACAAAACUAGCUUUAAAUAAUAUACAGAACUUGGCAUUUAUUAGUUAUUUUAUACAAGAUCAUCCAGACUUUAGGUCAUAUUUAUAUGAAGUUUAUGUAAUUUACCAAAAGAAUUUUACCUAUAUUGGAAUUGUCAACAAAAAUGAUAAUGAACUUAUCAAUGUCGAUGAAGUUGGUAAAUAUAUGUAUAUGUAUAAAGAACAUGGAGUAUAUUUUGUUUCAAAUCUUACAAAUUUGAAUGGGGAUCUUCGUCAAUUUAAAGAAAGUGAUAUAAGCAGUUUAUCAGGAAAGGUAAUAUCUUCUAAAAACGAAAAUCUUUGUUUGGAUUUGCCUUUGAUAAAUAGUAAAUAUAAUACGUAUUAUAUUUGUAAAAUGAAUGUUAAAAAAAUAUUAUCCAAGGAUUGCUUCAUAAAAUUUAUUGAUCGCAAUUAUCAAGAAGAUUAUAUGUUAAAACAUGAAGAUGUAUCAAAACUUGAGGGGUUAGGUUGGAUAGAAUAUCGGAUUUCAAUAAGAACUUCAAAACUUUCAAUUGAAAUAAAUUCUAUUGAAAUGCAAAUAGAAUAUAUUCGACAUGACUAUUAUGUAAACACAAUAACUUACAUUCCUGACAUGAGUUUUAUGAGUUAUUUGUUACCAGAUUAUCACAAAUUUUUCUCAAAUGUUCCAGAAACUUUCAAAGAUAAGUAUUUUUCAAGAAAAGAAAUGGAAAAUUUACUUGAUUUAAAAUAUAUCCUUAACAACUUAUAA